CCCUCCGCGCCAGUCCCCCGCACCUGCCCCGUCGCGGGCCCAGCUCCCCGAGCCUCGGCCCGAGGCCGCCAGCCCCGUCCCGCGCGUUGGUCGCCUAAGCUCUCGGUGCCAUGCCAUUCCUCGGGCAGGACUGGCGGUCCCCCGGUCAGAGCUGGGUGAAGACGGCCGACGGCUGGAAGCGCUUCCUGGAUGAGAAGAGCAGCAGCUUGGUGAGCGACCUCAGCAGUUACUGCACCAAGGAGGUGUACAACAAGGAGAACCUUUUCAACAGCCUCAACUACGAUGUUGCAGCCAAGAAGAGAAAGAAGGACAUAAUGAACAGCAAAACCAAAACUCAGUAUUUCCACCAAGAAAAAUGGAUCUAUGUUCACAAAGGAAGUACUAAAGAGCGCCAUGGAUACUGCACUUUGGGGGAAGCUUUCAACAGACUGGACUUUUCAACGGCCAUCCUGGAUUCCAGAAGAUUUAACUACGUCGUCCGGCUGUUGGAACUGAUAGCGAAGUCACAGCUCACAUCCCUGAGCGGCAUCGCCCAGAAGAACUUCAUGAACAUUUUGGAGAAAGUGGUACUGAAAGUCCUUGAAGACCAGCAAAACAUCAGACUGAUAAGGGAGCUGCUGCAGACCCUGUACACGUCCUUAUGCACGCUGGUGCAGCGAGUCGGCAAGUCCGUGCUGGUCGGGAACAUCAACAUGUGGGUGUACCGCAUGGAGACCAUCCUGCUCUGGCAGCAACAGCUCAACAGCAUCCAGAUCACCAGGCCCGCCUUCAAAGGCCUCACCUUCACCGACCUGCCGUUGUGCCUACAACUGAACAUCAUGCAGAGGCUGAGCGAUGGCCGGGACCUGGUCAGCCUGGGCCAGGUGGCCCCCGACCUGCACGUGCUCAGCGAGGACCGGCUGCUGUGGAAGAAACUCUGCCAGUACCACUUCUCCGAGCGGCAGAUCCGCAAGCGAUUAAUUUUGUCUGACAAAGGGCAACUGGAUUGGAAGAAGAUGUACUUCAAGCUUGUCCGAUGCUACCCGAGGAGGGAGCAGUAUGGAGACACCCUCCAGCUCUGCAAGCAUUGUCACAUCCUGUCCUGGAAGGGCACUGACCAUCCGUGCACGGCCAACAACCCAGAGAGCUGCUCUGUUUCACUUUCACCCCAGGACUUUAUCAACUUGUUCAAGUUCUGAAUCGCAGCACAUGCCGGCACUUCACGGAAGGGUGCCCCGGCCGACUGCAUGGCUGGGAGUGCAGAGUCUGGACACUGCGUUUGUAAAUAGUGUACAUACUAAACAUUGGCUCCGGACUUCGGAGAGAAGGUAUGGAGAGGACAUUGGAGGGGAGAGAUGCCAUUGCUGGCUGGGAAUUAAAGAAUGUGAACUUCUCAUUAGAAUUGGUAUGGAAAAAGCAGACAUACUGUCAAUAAAGCUUGUCUAACAAUUGACCAGCAAGACUCGAAGGGCAAGAAUUCUCUUUCAGUGGGGAAAAUGGAAUUCUCUUGAUGUUCGUGGAAACUCUUUCACGGUUCCCUAGGAAGAAGGCAAAACUCACAUACAAGAUAGGACUCUCUUUGUUUACAAUGUGAAAAAUCCCAUUUAGGAAGAAAGAAAAGAAGCAGCAAAACUACAGUUGCGAAACCUUGGGCUUCUGGUUUUGGUUUGGGGUUUGUUUUGGAAAGGCAAAGAAGCACCGCCCAUCUCAGACGUGCACAUGCCUAGGACCUGAUCCUUGGAAGACACCACACAGUGGUCUACCUCUCAAAGCACAGCACGCGCUCCGACAGCCUGCGCUGCCCACCAGGCAGCAUCUGCUCGCCUUGUCAGUGUGUGCAUCACUGUAAAAAGUGAUUUAAAAAGGAAAGGGAUGUUGGACGCCACGCUCUCGUUUCAGACUUCCUUUUUAGGCAAACACAGCCCUCUCUGGAGUUCUCUCUUUCCUAAAACAGCCCCAAAGCACGGGUGCCUCUUUUUCCCUUCCUUGUUGCAGCUCAUCUGGGGAAACAGAAGGCCAAUUAAGAACAGUCCCGGAGAAAGUCCUGCUGCAGCAAGGAUAGAAUGAGUCGCCCCCUUGUGGGGAAGACUUCCGUCUUCCUGUUCAGCUUCCGGGCUCAGGUAUUGUCAUGGAGGAGCCAGCAUCUGUGGACUGACAGGAGCCCGGGCGGGCGUGGAGGCUUCAAGGACAGGUUUUACUGCUCCGCCAACUGCGUGGGCUGCCAGCUGCUGUUCCCCUGGGUGGGGGUGAGGAACUGAGGCGUUUUCUUUAGGCCUACAUGUAGUCAGCCUGAGCUAGGGCUUUCUGCAAGGGUGAUGGAAACGAAAAGGCUGGAGUUGCAGCUGGACAGGGAGCAGAGGCACCAGGAGCUCACCUGAACGAGCUCCCAGGGGAUCUUGGCAGGCAAUGGCAGCAGAGCACUGUGGAAAGAGCUCAGGACUUCGUGAGGUGUCAAUAUUCCUGGGAGGGGGUGGCGAGGUUUUUUCUUUCUUUUUUUUUUACUUUUUAUAGACUGUUGCUUUUUCUAUGACAGUGUGCAUAUUUGCAGUUGUAUUUGCUUUUUUGUUUCUCUUUCCAAAUAAAGUUGCCAUUGUGUGUGCUCUUGGCAAAUAAGUGAAGUCGCCCUAGGAGCUUGGUUCCCCCUGCAUGUUGAGUAAGGGAGUUUCCUUGAGGGCUGCUCCUUGGGAAUGAGCUAGAAACGGAAAAGAUGGCCGAGCACUCGGCUCUGGCUGUGUCACUUGGGUUUCAGCACUGGGAAGAGAAGUAAACUGCUACUCAGUGCCCCUCGGCAUGUGUGUGUGCCUACUCUAGGAUUCCCAGUUUUCAUUUUCAUCCCCCUUGGACGAAAAAGUUCAAUUGAAUUUAAUCUUCCCUAAUGAGAAAAAUGAAAUACGAGAGAGGGAGAUUGUGGAAGGCUGAGCUUUGGAAGAGCUGCAAACCCUUGAAACACCUGAGCUUGCUGCUUGUUUUUGUUGUCGCUUCUUUGCAAUCCCCUGCUCCUUCUGAGUCAAUUUCACGUUGAAGAGCCGGGCCCAGACUGUUAAAUAAAAAAUCUGCUUUUCCUAUCAUUUCCAGGUUCUCCCAAUGUCUCACCAUCUUUGAAAGUGUAGGGUGGGGCUGGGUUUGCCACUGCGUGUGAAGAGCUCUGCUAACUGACUCAGAGGGACAUUUUUAGGCUCAGGGGUUCAUGGCCUUCCACAUCUUCCCACUCGCUCGUGCCAUCUGCCCCUUCAUGUGGAUCAAGGAGAUGGAAAGUCCUUGGCACCUUGGGGCCUGCUGUUCCCCAGACACGGCCUGCUUUGGGCUGUCAGCAGACAACUGGCAAACCGUUUUCUUGAGCAGUGCCAGGCAACAAGAUGCACUUGUGCAAAAUGACUUCUCCCCUGUGCUGGGGGUACAGUCUCCUGAAAUGUUUACCAAGAUGGUGCCUGUGGACUCUGCCCAUGUCCUUUGGUGGUGUUAGAGGUGAUGUGUGACAGAGUCGGGAGAAUUUUCCAAGGAAAAAUGAAAAGGAGAAACCCACACUUAGGUUCUCUUUCAUUGGAAGAGGAGAAUGUGGAAGGAAAUAGCAGGUGCAGAGGGAGGGGGACAGAAGUAGAAAUGGCUCAUCUUCGAUGCUGUGGUUUGUAGGAGGACAACAGAAAAAGCCCAGCAGGCACGGAGUGUCUGCAUUAGCACCGAGUGGUGUCUGUUAGGCAUGGCCAGAGCCUCACUUUUAAGUAAAAUGAGUUAAAAGAAAAAUUCUUAUUCCCUGUGCACAAAGAGUCUAUCAAUUUUCUACUGGCAAAUCCUCCCAGGACAACCUGGCCUUGAAAAAAUAAAAACAAAGAAUCCCUGUCUCAGAACUGCUGGUCUGAGAGCCAGGAGGGACAUGACAGUGGAACAGACAGAAUGUCCAGCUGUCUUUGUUGUACCUUCCUAGCCCUGUCUACACCCUGUACAGCAGAAUUAGACACUGAUGUCAAGGAUGAGGUCAUUCAGACUCCUAGGGAAGGAAAGAGUUCUAUCCAUUGCAAUGAGAGCAGGUUCACAGAGGUGUUUGCUAGGAACAGGCCCAACCCAAAAGCCGUGAGUCUGGAGUCUCUUGACACUAAGACCCAGCAUUCGGGGAAGGUUUAGAAAUCCUCUCUUCAAAGCAAGAUGCAAAGGCAGAUGACAUUUGAUUCUAGAUCCCGUGAUUACACAACACUGUUGGCUUUGAGCAGAUGAAUCACUUGAUCAGGAGGGCCUGUGGCGGGAAUGAACAAGUUACAAGAUGACAACACCCCCAGUGUGUCAGUUGUGAGAUGAUGAUCAGUUUUAUAUCGGGGUGGCUUAGAGGAGAUAUUCUAGGAGGGCUGGGUUUAUAGCACAGAACUCCUGACACAAGAGUGGGCUCCACUUGCUUUGUGAAGGCCAGCAGUGCGUGUGUCUUUGGCUAUUGCCACAGUUCUCAUCCUUGUGGCUUCAGACCCUUUCCUAGGAAGAGCUUGCCAGGAACAGAGGGUCCUUAUUUCUGCUGUUUUUAUGUGGGAGAGGAGAAAGCUGGCCUUUCGUUUGUCUGAGCAAGAGGUGUGAUUGACAAGGACAUAAAUCAUUGAAAGAGGCGUUCAGCUGUGGGUCAUCUUAGUGUUCCAUAUAAUGUUUAUUCAUAAAAUGUGCACCUGAGUUUAUAUUUUCCUGCCAGGCUGCAAGGCAAUAAUGUUUUGCUAUGCAAACACUGUUCUAUGUGUUGGUUUUUUUAACUGUAAUUUUAUGCGUGCAUUUUUUUUAAACUAAACUGUAUCAUCAUUUUCUGUGUUGACAUCUGUUGGUUUUUUUUUUUUCUCAUCUGUUUCCAACUGCCUGAGUAUCGCAGUCUGUGAACCAUCUCUUCUGACUGGAUGCUGGCCUAAAAUCCUAUUAGUGCUUAAACAGACCUCAGAAACACCCUGAACCUCUAGGCAAAUGCAGAGUUGUUGCUCUUUGAUAUAUCCUGGGCCUUUGGUGGCUUCAACAAACAAGGUCAUAAUUCCUUUACACUUGAUGUUUUCUGUAGAUGCAUUCUUCUUUGUAUUGUUAAGGAGAAUAAACCCCCUGUAGUAUCCCCAAAGGAAGGAAACUGCUGCCCCAGACGUUAGAGACCCAGAGGGAUGUUAAAGACCGUAGCAUCUGACACUCCUGGGUUCGGGAUAUUUAGGGCUGUGCCUCGGCCCCCCCACCAGUCCUUAGUGGUGGAGCUGGAUAGAAACCUGGGACUUCCGGAGGCUGACCUUGGACAUCCUCUGUGUCCCAACCUAAGCACCUUUUGUUCUUAGUGGUAGAGACUCCUCUGGAGACACUGGCACUUUAGCAGGAUUCCUCCCAAGACCCUCAUGUGGAAGGCACUGGAGACUCAGUAGGCAUGAGGCUCUGAACUUCUCCAAACAUUUGAAGUCUCUGAUUCUUACUGGAGACGUGGAGAUGCCACCUCACGUUUCACACACCUCUGACCGCCUGACGCUGCUAUGAACAGAUCGGUCUAUGAGUGUGCAGCCUACUGGCUUAAUAAAGUAAGCAGCAUGUUUCAGCAAACACACUUUUUAUUUUUUUACCUGGGUACUAAUGACAAAGAUAGCCCUUGUAAAAACAGGUAAAGCCUCGGCAGUGGCCUGUUUUCUAGAACCUGGGGUUCUGAAGAUCACCACUGCAUGGACAUUGCAUGCACCCUGUCCAUCUGCUCCUCCUCCAGCUCCAGCUUGAGAACCAGUGCACUUCUAGGUUCACUCCCUGCUACAUCUAAUCUUCACUAAGCAGGGGACAGGGGUGGCAUGGGGUGUUAUUCCAUUAGGCAUCAAGGAGCCAGGGCCAUGAUAUGUGUGACUUUGCUGGGCAUUUUGCAAAAUGUCCUUGAGUUCACUCAGCAAACAAACCUUCCUGAAAAAAAUCUCUCAAAACAUAAGCCCUGCGCCAUUUGGCCAAAAACAGAUGGCCACUCCAACACUCCAAAUUUCUUGUUACUUUAUCUGCUGCAAUGCUGCUUGUAGAGUUUGACCGUGACUUUUUCUGUCUUUAAGUAUAGACAUGUUUGUUGAAUCAAUGAUACACAAGUCUGUUAAACAAAAAGCUCCAAUCCCUGCUGUACAGUUGGUAACCUUUGGCGCCAUCUUUAUUCUAUCAAGUGCCAAUCACCCUGGCUAAAGGGGAUGUAUUUUACAGUCUAAGUCCUAAGCUUAGAAGCUUUAAUAAACUUUUUUAAUGAAAAAUACCAUGUGGGGUUGGACAUUGUAGUUAAAAGUAUAAGGGUAGACCAAUUACUUGCAAUGAUGUUUAUUUAAUAUUGUGUGAGCUGAGUCCUUCUGUAUAAAUUAUUUGCACACUUUUCUUGCAUGACAAACUGAUUUUUUUAUAGUUGUUUGUACCAGACAGUGGCAUAUUUUUGUAAAACCUUUUUGACACUGAAUUGCAAUAAAUGUUUUUCCAACAACA